UAUAGACGAAAGUUGAGAGACAUUUUUAUCCUUUUCACUUUAAAAAGGACAAGGGUAUGGGCCAAAAGAUUAAAGUUGGCCAUCUCUAAUGUAUCAUCUUCUUCUAGUGUAGUGUAGCUUAGAGAAAGGGAGAAAAGUGUUAGGUUUGUGAAAAAUGGGAAAUGUAUUUGCAGUAAUAAAGCCAAUAUUGCAGUGUCUAAUGAAAGUUAUUGGAAUGAGAUCCAAGUUAGUGGAAAUAGAAGCUGGAACUACCUUACAUUUUUGGGUUCCAACCAUCAAUUCAACUAAGCCUUCAGUUGUAUUUCUCCAUGGAUUUGUUGCUAAUGGAAUUAUGACAUGGCUUUUUCAAAUACUCUCCUUAAGUUCAGAUUUCGCUAUCUACGUCCCUGAUUUACUUUUCUUCGGAGAUUCCUUCACCCAUUCUCCCCAACGGUCAACAAGUUUUCACGCACAUUGUUUAGCAAAAGGUAUGAUGAAGUUGGGAGUUGAAAAGUUUUCUCUAGUGGGGUUCAGUUAUGGAGGAAUGGUUGGGUUCAAGUUGGCCCAAUUGUAUCCUCAUAUGGUUGAAUCUAUGGUUAUGUCAAGCACGGUUAUAGAGAUGACUGAAUCCAUUAGCAAUGCUUCUUUGAACAAUAUUGGGUUCACUAACUGGCCUGAUUUUCUUUUGCCCAAAACCAUAGCUGAUCUCAAAGUGCUUUUAUCUAUUGGAAGCCAUAAGUUUCCUUGGUUCCCUCAAUUUUUGUUCAGGGAUUUUCUUGAGGUUAUGUUUGGCAACAGAAUGGAGAAAGUGGAACUUCUUGAAGGUUUAGUAGUCGGUGAUAAAGACACUACUCCUCCAAAUUACUCCCAGAGAAUUUACCUUUUAUAUGGAGAUGACGAUAAAAUCUUUAAUCAUACAGUUUCAGAUAUUAUGAAAGCAAAAUUGGGAGAAAAUACAUCGAUGAAAUAUAUAAAAAAAGCAGGACAUCUUGUUCAAUUAGAGCGACCCUACACAUACAAUCGCUGUCUCAAGAAUUAUCUUUCAUGUUCUAGUGGCUAUGGCAACGUGUGAUGAAUAUGUGCAACAAAUGUAAUAUUUUUCAAUUACUAUACUUUUUAGUGGUGAAAGACAAAGUGUCACUUGUUUAUUAAGAAGAUAAUUUUGUUCCUCCAUAUAUUAAACUAUAUGUACUACUGGACUUGUACAAGAACUAGUAAAAAGGUGUGGUCAUAACAAUAAUAAUUUGAA